CCUGAUACUGCCAGGCCAGGCGAGAAUAAAAACAAAAAUAUUUCAUCCCAUUUGUAUUUAAAAUUCUAUUGAUUUUCUACGCUAGCUUUUUUGAGAGAAAUUUUGAAUCUUCAACGAAAACUCGAAAUUAUAUUACGUUUACUUGUACACUAGUAAAAAUAAGAAUAUACUUCAAAAUAAUUUCAUUAGGAAUUAUAAAAACAAGUGAUUGUGCUACAUUUAACAAACUGACUGAUAACAAGAGACUGUUGAGAUUAGUACGCAAGGGGUAGCGUACUUGCCAGAAAAUUCAAUUUGACGCUUGGUAGCAUUGAUACUCAUCUCAACAUUAAUCUCUCGGUGGAAAUCAAUAUGAGCGAAGGCGAAGGCACUCCACCUGCUGCAUUGAUUACGGAGCCGGUGGCUCCGCCAAUUGUGCCACCACGAGAACAUUUGAUAUCCACCGCAAUUAAGUUCCUCAAUAACCCAAAUGUAUUGCGUAGUGCCAUCAAUCAGAAGCAAGCGUUUUUAAGGUCCAAAGGUCUCAGCGAAGAAGAAAUACAACUAGCGUGUGAACGGGCAGGAGUUUUCACUAAUGAUCCGAGUAUGCAAAACCAUAAAACGGUGAUUAAUAUGGGUGUCGGAUCGACCGGCUAUUCCGCGGCACAUUAUGCGAUUCAGCCACAUCAGACGUGGUUCGGCAAGAUCAAGGAAGUGCUGAGCUCGGUAGCACUUUUGAGUGGAGUAAUGUACGGAGUUUACCUAUUCUACAAGAAAUUCGUAGAACCUGUGAUUUUCCGAAACAAAAAGAAAAAACCGGUUGAUGAACAAAUCGCUGAGCUGAACAAAACCGUAGAGAUAAAAAUAGACAAACUUAAUUCAGAGUUAAUAAAAAUCAAAGACGAGCUCAACCGUGUAAAUCAGUCCCAGUCAGCCACCAAAGAACUUUCAAAUUUCAAAACAGAUCUAGAUUCCAUCAAGGGACUGCUCUUGAACAGGAAACAAUUUGCAUCUCCCAAUCUUCCAGUGUUACCACCUUCUAUCCCGGCAUGGCAACUUCAAUCGCAGUCGCAAGAACGAACUCCUAACAGUGAGGGCGAACCGGAUAAGAAUGACGAUAAUGACACUGGCUCAGGAUCCGGUUCCAGCGAGCACGAUGCGGUUCUGAAAAACAGUGACAGCAGUCUAGAGAUAAUGUAAUGUUUUGCUCCGACAGUAUGCUUACUGCUCUGGGGCAGGUGCAGGAAUGAAUUCUUUUCUUUCUUUCUUUCUUCACAGAUCAUAAAUUUUGAAAAAGGGAAAUGUUAAAAGGAGCAGAAUAAUGCUGCGUAGAGGUGGAAGAUAUGGAUGGUAAUUUAGAAGAACGGUUUAUUUUAGUUAGAUCAAUAAUACGAUAUUCCGAUUGGUAGAAAAACAAGUGUUUUCAAACCGCAUUCAGGUAUAGUGUAAAGUUUUGUAUUUCGAAUUCGAAUCCCCUUUCGUUAAUUGUGCAUUUAAUUUGAAAUACAGCCAGGAGUGGUACGAUAGUCUAGUAUAAAGAUGGUAAAAUUAUAAAUAUGAGUAAAACCCAUAGCAGUUGAAUGACAAGAAAUAAACUUACUCGUUAAAUUCCGUAUAAUAACCGGCUAUUUUCAUGUCUACGACUACAAAGUAGUGCAAAAAGGAUAAGUUUUGCUUGAUACAAGCCAAUUAUUCCAAUGCUGAAAUAAAUGUGUUUUUUGAGCGAUAAAUAA